UAUUACUGUCGUUCAAGCUCUGUGCCAUAACCAAAAUGGGCAUCUUCACUCGUCGGCGGGAAGAGCCUGUUCCCGGGCAGACCGCUCCCGUUGAAACCGUCACCGAGACCAAGCAGCCUACCCAACGACGAGGCCUAUUUGGAAACUUUGGAAACCGCCAAACCAAAGGGAAUCAUGAGCCCUAUGUCCUGGCCUACUCUCGCAGACCGACAUUUGGACAGUGGCUCAAGUGCACAUGGCUUGACAUCCUCACUAUGGUUAUCAUGGGUGCCAUUGGCCUCGGGGUCUACGAAGCGCAUCCAGCGCCAACUCGAUCCUUCCCUAUUGAAUUCCGCGACGGCGAGAUAGUUUACCCCGAAUUCUCCUACCCCCUCCGGAAGAACAUCAUCCCCAUUUACGCCGCCGCGCUGAUGGCAGCCCUGAUCCCGAUCUUCAUCAUCCUCUGCAUGCAAGUCCGCAUCCGGUCUUUCUGGGAUGUCAACAACGCCAUCAUCGGGCUCCUCUACUCCCUAAUCUCCGCCGCCGUCUUCCAAGUCUUCUUAAAAUGGUUAAUCGGCGGCCUACGCCCUCACUUCCUCGCCGUAUGCAAGCCUCAGAUCCCCGAAGGCACCAACACUGGCACAGGCUACAAGCAGAUCAUGUACACGGACGCCAUCUGCACCGGCGACCGCGACCAGAUCGACGACAGUCUCGAGUCCUUCCCAUCAGGCCACUCCACGGCCGCCUUCGCGGGCUUCAUCUUCCUCUACCUCUACCUCAACGCCAAGCUCAAGGUCUUCGCCAACCACCACCCCGCGAUGUGGAAAUUAAUCGCCAUCUACGCCCCCGUCCUGGCCGCGACCCUCAUCGCUGGCUCCCUCACCAUCGACGAGUUUCACAACUGGUACGACUGCGUCGCCGGUGCCAUCAUCGGGACCAUGUUCGCCUUCAGCUCGUACAGAAUGGUGUAUGCAUCCGUCUGGGAUUUCAGAUUCAACCACAUCCCGCUGAACCGAAAUGUGCCUUUCGGAUAUGGGGCGGGCGAGAUGGAAGGCGGCGAGGCUGUGUUCACGCGCAAGGUGGGAUGGGGAGUCGAGGGCGCGGGGAUGGGAGGUGCGCCGUUUGAUGCCUCUGCGCUUGGAGGGAUGGGGAUGGGAGGUGGACUUACGGGAAGGCACUCGCAAGGCGGGGUGAUGACAGAGGGAUAUGCGCAUAAUGGGCAUAAUGGAGUCAUGGGUGGGAACCAUGCUGGUGGUGUGAUGGGACAUACCCAGCAUGGCGUUCCUGGUGCUCACACAGGCCACAAUGGUGUCCCGGGUGCUCGCGUUGCGGAGCCUUCUAUUGCGCGCCGCCCAGUUGGGGAUAGUAUUGUUUGAUG